UUUACUGCGCCGUAACUGCAUCUGUGUGUGCACCAUUUCCAUCACCAUGGAGCGGCCAACAAUCUAGCCCGAAUGGCCGUGUUCGUCUGCUUGGCCCUUAGUAUUGGCGACGACUUGCUAGCUUACGGCAGUGCGCUACUUGAUUGUCGUGGUAGUUCGUGGACGGAAUGCAAAUCGCAGUUGGCCUCGACCCGUAACCAGCGCCAGUUUGAGGCCCUUUUGCAACGUUACUAUCCAACCACUGCCAGUAUACUGAACGGUCAAGGCUGCUGUGAUCGUAGCACUAUCGAAUCGGCCACCACAACCGGAGCGAUCGAGAUGUCCACGGAAUCGCUGGAUAGUUGCGAUUUUGCUUACCAUGAAGUUUCGUCGCCUGGUUCCGUCAGCCUUGACAAGAGUUCGUCGACGGAGGUGGUGCACACGGUGGAAAACAUUACCGAAGUAUCGCCAGGGCUGUGUUUCGUCAUUAGCGGAACGAUACAGCUGACCUGUGAGCGGUUUUCCAUCAACUUGCUGCUGAAAAAUGGUGACGUCGCGCUACACUUUAACCCACGCCUGCCACAGAACUACAUCGUACGGAACUGCCGUGUAAAGGGAUGCUGGGGUAAGGAGGAGGUCGCGUCACCGCUAUCGUUCAACUUGCACCGUGGCCAACGCUUUGCCGUGCAGGUGCUGGUAACGGACAAGGAGUUUCUUAUAUGCGUCAAUGGGCGACAUUUUAAUGCGUUCCGGCAUCGGUUGCCGUAUCGGAAGAUAACCACGCUGGAGGUGAAGGGUGAUGUGCGCGAGGUGGCCGUAGAUCAAUGCUACAUGGAAUGCUACCCUCAGCUGGAGCUGGAGCUUAUCCGUCAACAGUCCCCGGAAGCGGCAAGUGUACCCCGUUCGCUGCCGGAAGUGGAUGGAAAACCGAUGCCUUACACCGGUGUGCUGCAGGAACCGUUCACCAACGGGCGCAAGCUGCACCUGUACGGACGUGUGAAGCUGUUGCCACACUCGUUUUACCUAAACUUACAGAGCAGUGCGUACGUGUGGCCUCAUCCAAAUGUACUGUUUCAUCUGAAUCCACGCUUUGGCAGUGUCGGCGGACGGCAUGUGAUAUGCCGGAACUCGUGGCUCAAUGGCAAGUGGGAUCGGGAAGAACGAUCGGAGAAUAUGACUGAUUUUGCGCCUGGAAAAGCGUUCCAUCUGCAGAUUGCCUGUACGGAUGUUAGCUAUCAGGUUUCGCUCAACGACAAACUUAUCGCGGAGUUUGUGUUCCGGGAUAAUCCACGGCUGGUGGAAGCGGUUUACAUACAGGGCGAUAUAAAGGUGUUCGAUGUCGUCGUCGAAACUGCGUACUAG